CGUUGCGUCAUCUCGUCCGCGACAGACGCGGAAGAAAACAAACCAAACGUGAACGGAGCUCGAACAGUGCGAACUGGAGAAACUGGUUUAAAACAUUUUUACUGACGCUCUGUGAUAGACUGAAUGUAGAUUUAGGUUGGCGGACCAAACAUAGCAAAGAGCGCGGGACUACAGCAUUCAAGAACGAGGCAGAAGACCGUGGAACUAGCUAACACAUCUGUUUCUCUGAAGAAGAAGCUAAACACGCUAAACCAAUUGGCGCGUUUUGGAUGAGGAGCAUAAUAAGCUGGUAGCGUUUAUCUCUGGGCCACAACAUGGACUGUAGUACUGCUGAGGGCCUCACCAAUGUGGGACAAGACUUUUCAGGUAAGGACAGCUCCAGCUCUGAGGAUGAUGUGCCUCUCUCUACACUUCUGCCGAAGCCAAACAGUGAGAUGAACAAGUCACAUAAGAACAGUAGCAGUCCAACCUCUGAGGCUGAAACUAAAGACAAAAGUGAUAAGGACAGCUCCAGCUCUGAGGAUGAUGUGCCUCUCUCUACACUUCUACCGAAGCCAAACAGUGAGAUGAACAAGUCACAUGAAAACAGUAGCAGUCCAACCUCUGAGCCUGAAACUAAAGACAAAAGUGCGUCAGAUGACUCUUCAGAUGAUGAGCCUUUGAUAAAAAAGAAAACGAUCCCUGCACAAGACAAGAAAGCAGAGAAGAAGGACAAGUCAAGCAGAGCUAAUGGAACAGAUAAAAAGAAAGCAGAUUUGAAAACAGAUGACAGCUCUGACAAUGAGCCUCUCAUUCAGUUAGCCAAGUCGUCCAAAUCUGCAAAGAAGCCUCUCUCUGUGUCUCCAAAAAAAGUUGGCCGUGCCAAAAAGAAAGAUUCCUCAAGUGACGAUGAUAGCCGGGGUGAUGAGCCUCUGAGUAAAGUUGCCAAGAAACCGGAGAAAAAGCCCCCCGCUCUGACGUCUAGAAAAGCAACCCCAGACACUAAAUCCAAAAGGAAUGCAGCACGGAAAAAGGAUUCCUCAAGUGUCGAUGAUAGCUCUGACGACGAGCCUCUGAGUGAAGUUGCAAAGAAACAGGAGAAAAGGGCCUCCGUCCUGUUGUCUAGAAUAGCAACCCCAGACACUAAAUCCAAAAGAAACACAGCAAGGAAAAAGGAUUCCUCAAGUGUCGAUGAUAGCUCUGACGACGAGCCUCUGAGUGAAGUUGCCAAGAAACAGGAGAAAAGGGCCUCCGUCCUGUUGUCUAGAAUAGCAACCCCAGACACUAAAUCCAAAAGGAACACAGCAAGGAAAAAGGAUUCCUCAAGUGACGGUGAUAGCUCUGAUGAUGAGCCUCUGAGUAAAGUUGCCAAGAAACUGGAGAAAAAGCCCCCCGCUCUGACGUCUAGAAAAACAACCCCAGACACUAAAUCCAAAAGGAACGCAGGAAGGAAAAAGGAUUCCUCAAGUGUCGAUGAUAGCUCUGAUGAUGAGCCUUUGAGUGAAGUUUCCAAGAAACGGGGGAGAAGAGCCUCCGUCCGGUUUUCUAGAAAAGCAACCCCAGACACUAAAUCCAAAAGAAGCGCAGCAAGGAAAAAGGUAAAAUAUGCAGAGACUUCCACUGACAGCUCAGAUUAUCAACCACCUUCGGAGAGGAAGAAGAAGACUCCAACAAACAACAGGAAAACUAAACCGAAACUUCGAGAGAAACCACCUAGAGACCCUUCAUUUUCAGACAGCAGCUCAGAUGAUGAUGAUGAUGAUGAUGAUGUGCCCUUGGUGAACCUUGUUGCCAAAAGGAAAAAACCAAUACAGAAAAACACAAAGAAGACAACUGUAUCGCCACGCCGUGUAUUAAGAAAGAGACAAGGUACCACCGAUGAAAGCUCAGACUAUGAACCCUUGAUCAAUCUUGUGAAAAAGAAACGCAGCGGGAAACAAACUAAAAGAAAAACAAGGACUUCGUCUCCUAAGAAAAGGAACACAACCCCCAAAAAGUCCAGAGAGGUGAUUGUGUCAGGGACGUCAAGCAACAGUUCAGAUGAUGAACCCUUAAUCAAGAGAGCCAAGCACCCACAAGUGACCAAAAUCGUGAGAAUAAUACUUGAGAGGUGUGAUGGUGAAGAAGGCGGGGCAACAGGAAGCCCGAACAAAACCAGCACAGACACACCGAUCGCUGAAAAGACGUCAAGCGACAAGUCAGAGAGUUCAGAGGAAUCCUCGGGAGAAGAUUGAGCAGUUGGAGUAAUGCUGUACACGGUUGAAGAAUUGUUUUUUUUGUAACCUGUUGACUUCUGGACCAGGAAGUUCAAACCACCAAGGGGCUCCGAGUUUGAUGGAUUUCAUAAGUGUUUUAAAUCCCUUGGAGAGAUACCUCCCAAAAAUCACGUCCAUGUUUAUUUGUUGUUCAUAUAAGGAACAACAUUGUGUUUUCUAUACAUUUACGUACAUGGUAAUUUAUGGUAUUUUUACUCCUUUUUUAAUUUAGCGUCAUAUUUUUAGGUUGUAUGCAGUCUUUGUUGUAAUGCCACUAUGUGUUCCUAUUAUCUGCAUUUUCCUUCAUCUGUUUUACCCUUUUAAGGGAGUUGUUUAUCAGUCCCUAAUGUACGUUUUACAGCUUCUUUUAACUGUACACUCAGCAUGCAACAGGGAAAAUCCGCUGUGUUGGAUUAAACUGCUUUCACUAUAAAACUGUAUAACAGAA